AUGUCUUCUUCUGAGGAUGAUUCAUAUCUGGACAGCUAUAUUAGCACAAUCGGAGUUGAUUUUAAAAUUCGCACAGUCGAGCAGGAUGGGAAGACCAUUAAACUUCAAAUUUGGGACACUGCUGGACAAGAACGUUUUAGGACAAUUACUAGUAGCUACUACCGUGGGGCACAUGGAAUUAUAAUAGUUUAUGAUGUGACAGACCAAGAAAGCUUUAACAAUGUUAAGCAGUGGUUAAAUGAAAUUGAUCGUUAUGCUAGUGAGAAUGUAAACAAGCUUCUUGUUGGCAACAAGGCUGACCUCACUGCUAACAAAGUUGUGUCUUAUGAAACAGCUAAGGCGUUUGCGGAUGAGAUUGGGAUCCCUUUCAUGGAGACUAGUGCAAAAAAUGCUACGAAUGUGGAGCAAGCUUUCAUGGCAAUGGCUGCUGAAAUCAAGAAUAGGAUGGCAAGUCAACCAAUGAACAAUGCAAGGCCACCGACAGUGCAGAUCCGAGGACAACCUGUCAACCAGAAAUCUGGCUGCUGCUCCUCUUAG